GAUUUGUUCCCUUAUGUGACAUGGCGUCUGAUCGAAAAGUUAGUUCUUGAAAGAGAUCAGACGGAUUUAUUGUUUUUAUGAAAUCAAUUGAUAAAACGGCUUAUGGUGAAAGCCAAGAACAUUUCCUAGAGACUUGCAUUGAUGGUAAUGCAUGCAAGGAAAACUCAGCGGAUGAACGAUGGGUACUUCGAGAAGCACCAAGCCCAUCCCUAUCAGAGUUCCAAAUACAGUUCAUCAAAAAGCUAUGGAUCAAGUAGUGACAGGUACGAAAGGAUCCGCGAUUCGCCGAACGGCAACUAUCGCUCAGACAGUCCUGAUUCUCAGUCGCCAAGGGACCGUGAUAGAUCAUACCAGUCGAAAAACUCCUAUCUACAGAAAAUCCGUGAAAAGGAGAGAGAAAAUAGAGACUACAAAUCUUCAAGGGACAAGUAUUCAGAUAGCGCCAGAUCACCAAAGGAUAAGCGCAGUAGAGAUUCUGAACACAGAAUCAAUUCUGAUAGAAAUGAUGAAAAAAGCAUUCUGCAUCCGAUAAAAACAUCACAGAUAUCAUCAAGAGAUAGAAAACCCAUGCAUAACAACUGUGCCGAUAAGAGGGAUGAUAGGGAUAGGGUGACUAGAGUAGGUGAUUGGUCGGAGCAUGUCAGCUCGUCUGGCAAGAAGUAUUAUUACAAUUGUAAAACGGAAGUGUCUCAAUGGGAGAAGCCCAGGGAAUGGGUCGAGCGAGAAAGGGAACGAGACCGAUUCAGAGGCAGAGACAGAGAUAGAGAUUCUGAAAGGAGCUAUGGCAGCUCCAGUCGCUCAGUCAUCAGACACGAGAAACAUUCCAUCUCGCGAGCGACGAACAGCAGCAACAGCAGCAGCAGCGGCAGCAGCAAGGACCACGCUAGGGAGGGGGCGGCGGGCGGCCGCCACUGGAGCGCUUCAGGGCGCGAGGACGGCAGCGAGGCCGCCGCCAAGGACUCGCGGCUCUCGCGAAAGCAGUCCGAAGAGAAUCUGCAGACGACGCAGGACAUGGACAUCUCUCCUGGAGACAGCACGCCUACGUCCGAAGUGUCGUACGGAGGCAACGGACAGUCGCAAGGUCAAAACGAUCAGGCGCACGCGAUGGGACCCGUCCUUCUGGCGAACGCCUUGCCAAAGCUGAUAUCGCAUCCCAUACACGUUCCCACGACGCCCGUAGUGAGCUCGGCCUACCACCAAGAAGCGCCGCCGCAGAACGCCCCCGCCGCCCUGCCCGUCACCAUAUCGAACACGCCGGGCCCUCCGGGCAGCGCCGCGCCCGCCCAGCUGCAACGCGCCGCCCCGCAGACCGUCGCGGACGGCGGGGGGGCGGACAAGCGGGCGGGCGACCACCACCCGCAGCAGCUGCCCACCCUCGCGGCGGUGGCCGCCCCGCUGACUGUGGACACGGGCGACCAGGCGGUCGCGACCGAGGGGCCGCCUACGCCGACGCACUCCGAGACGGCCGAUUGUGCGAAGGCCGUAGUAGUACCUGUUAGUAGUCCCCCUGGGAGUUUACAAACCCUUCAAGGAGUGUCUAGUUCAUUACAAGCCUUACGACCGCAAGGGCCAACAAUAACACCGUCUUUAGCCAAUCAUUAUAGGGAUGAUCUGGUGAAUCAUGUCAGGGGUUGGCCGGCGGAAUUGAUAGAAAAACAGGCGCAAAAAUUAGCAGAAGAUGCACAUAUAAUGGGCAGUAUACAGUGUUCGAAAGUUUCUGCAGAACUCAAAUCUGCUAGGUCAAUAGUUCGUCUUACGGAGAUUCAGGCAACAUUACAGGAACAGAGAAUAUUAUUUUUACGUCAGCAAAUCAAGGAACUAGAAGAAUUAAAGUCACAAAAUUCAUUUAUGUCCGACGAUACUUAGUGUCAAAUAUCACAAGAUUUAGUGUUCAUAUGACCAUCGUUUCAUCUUCAGUGGGGUUUCUGCGAUAAGCAAGAAUCAUUUAUGUUUCGUCUAUUUAUACAUAUUGAGCCUUGUACAUUCACAUUGUCAUCAUUAUUCUGUCCCUGGACUACCACUAGGUGGGCCUUUCUGGCAUUUUAUUUAAUUUUGAUAGAUACUAAAGACUAUCGGCUAGGUAGAAAAUGCGACCCUGUAUUUGUAUUAUAUUGGUUUUUAUGUUUUAGAUUUAGAUAAAUUAAUAUAACAUAGACCAUAGUUUUUUUCUAUUGUGUAUAUUUUCAUUUGUUAUUUCCUCUGUAAUUUAUGAAUUGUAUCGACUAUGGCAUUAAUUGUUAAGUAAUAUUUUUAUAAAUUGAUAAUGAUUUUGUCACUGUAAUAUUUUUAAAUGUUUAAAUAUAUUAUUUCUUUGC